GCUUUUUUGCUUUUCUGUCAAGUUGUGAACUCUUCUUCGAUUCUUUCGAAGGCGGGAAGGAAGUACUCGUGCACGUGGGAAUUUUCGAUCUUUUUAUAAACUAUACUUUUAUAUUUAUAAUUAUCUAUAGCGCGUAUAUGUAUAUUUAUAACUUUUUUAAAUAAAGAUUUCAGAUUAAGAAUUUUAAAAAUGAAAGCGCAGAAGGUACGUCGAAAGAAUUCUAAAUUGGUUGCCGGGAGGAAAAAAAAGGACUUGAGCAAAGUAACCACAGAAGAAUUCUUCAAACAAGAUUUUGAAAAUGAUACAGACAGCGAUGGCACCGACGAGCAGAAUGAAGGGAAAGGUGAUGAAAACAGUGAACAGGAAGAUAGCGACAGCGGUGGAAGUAACCUGGAUCCAGCUGAGCAUAAAAUGUCCUUAAUGAAAUUAAAGGAUACAGAUCCGGAGUUUUACAAGUACUUAAAAGACAACGAUAAGAACCUUUUGGAAUUUAAAAUAUCGGAUGACGAAGGUGACGAUGAUUCAACAAAUGAAUUUGAUAACAAACAUAUCCCUAAUGAAAAUCUAGAGGUUGCUAGUGACGACAGUGAUUUUGAACCGGAGGAAACAGAUAUCACUGAGGAUGGUUCUAAAAACAAAAUAACAUUGCAAUUGCUGAAAACUUGGCAAGAGAAAAUACUUACAGACAAAUCACUAACUACUAUUAAAUGCGCCGUGGAUGCCUUUCAUGCAGCUCUGAACACUGUUGCUGAAUCAGGCGAUACGACUACAAUGCGAUACAAGGUAGAAGGAAGUGCAGUAUUUAAUGGUGUGGUACAAUUAUGCAUAAUGCACUUGCCUGAUGCGUUCAAGUCCUUUUUGAAACUUGAAUCAGUGUCCAAAGAUCUGCAUAAAUCCAAGAGAUUUCCAAAGAUGCGAGGCAUCUUAAAAUUAUAUUUGGCGGAUUUACUUAAGAUAUUACAAAGCGUCUCGUCGGCUAAUAUUAUCACAGUACUGUUGAAGCAUCUUUAUCAAAUGUUGCCCUACACGCAGUCAUUUUCAUCCUUGACGAAACCAUUACUAAGGAUUUUAGUGAAGCUAUGGUCAACUGGAGAGGAAAAUGUUCGCGUCGUAGCCUUCAUAAAUAUAUUUCGCAUCGCAACAAAUCACGCAGAAUCCGUGCUGGAGAUGCUGUUGAAGACUAUGUAUGUGAAAUAUGUCGAGAAUGCCAAAUUCGUCUCACCCAACACACUAGCGGAGAUUAAUUUCAUGAGGCACUCUUUGGCUGAAAUUUAUCUGCUUGAUCAUAAUCUUUCUUAUAGCCACGCCUUCCUUUACGUCAGACAACUAGCCAUCCAUUUAAGAAAUGCUACAACACUAAAGAAGAAGGAAAACUUCCAAGCUGUAUACAAUUGGCAAUAUAUAAAUUCUCUACGCUUUUGGACAGAGUUAAUAUCCAAGUCAAAGAAAUCGAUGCUGCGGUCUUUGCUAUAUCCGCUGGUGCAGAUAAUUACAGGAACGGUAAAAGUCAUCCCAACUGCGCAAUAUUAUCCGUUGCGAUUCCACUGCGUGCAGAUGUUGGUCACAAUUUCUAAGGAAACUGGAACAUUUAUACCAAUUUUACCGUUUCUUCUUGAGAUAUUAGAUUCUUAUGAUUUUAACAAGAAGCACAAGACCGUAUCAAUGAAGCCUGUGCCGCUUAUGUGUAUAUUGAGAAUGUCAAAAUCUCAGCUCGCGGAAAACGGUUUUAAGGACAGCGUCGUCGAAAGCGUGUAUCAACUUAUAUUGGAGAAUGCAGCGAACGAAAGUCACACAAUAUACUUUCCAGAUGUAUACAUACCUUGCAUAAUACAGUUAAAAGCGUUCCUGAAGAAGUGCCGCGUGGCGAGUUAUUGUCGAAAGAUCAAGCAGCUGUUGGAAAAAAUCGAAGAGAAUAGGAAGUAUAUCGAAACCGAGCGUAUUAAAGGACCUAUUGAUUUAAAGAACACGGUGGAGAUUGCAAAUUGGGAAAACAGGAUAAAGACGGACGGCACCGCGAUUGCCAAGUUUUACGCCUCGUGGAUCAAACUUCACGAGUCGCAGAAACUGAAGUUGCUCACGAAGACCGAGGAGGUGUCGGAAUACAAGCUGCCCGUUGUGAAGAAAUCGAAGAAACGGCAACACGACGAGCAGUUUGAGGAAGAGAGUGACGAUGAGAGCGAAUUCGAAUUGCGGGUAAAAGGAACGAACGGCGAUACCGGGAAAAAACCGACGACCAGUAAGCCGAAAAAAUCAAAGAAGAAAAUUAAGAUAUCCAAAAAGAAUAUCGAAAGUGAAGAAUUGCCGAGAGAGAAUACGGAUAUUGUUCAAGAUAUUAAUAGUGACGAUUGGAAUUGAGAAUUGUAUCCGUGUAACUACUGUUAAGUUUAUAGUGCAAAAAUAAAUACAUGUAUUUAA